AUCAUUGCAUGCCAUUUCUUUCUUGUUUCAGGGGAGUAAAAUAAAACGAGACCUAGCCAAAAUGGAUGAGAAACAGGCUCUUAAACUACGGAAUAAAAUUAUGAAAGAGGUCAAAAAGGAAUUUGAGGAAAGGUUUAGCAAUCUGGAAAAGAAGGUUGAUGAAGAAGAAGGAAGAGGGGCUUCAACCAUGGUUGACAUUGAGACAUUGCAACAAGAGAAUGACAAAUUCAAAGUGUCUACUUUGGAAAAGCUGCAGGCUCUUCAGACCAAUAUGGAGAAGAUUGAGAGGAGUUCUAACAGGCGGUAUCUGUCAGGAAUGGAGGAAAUGGAAAGAAGGCUGAAGGACAUCAGAUCUUUGGAAAACAAAUUGGAGGACAAGAGGAAGAAGCUCAAGAAAGAACAUGGCGAGAAAAAAAUGAUAUCCUCCAGAGAGAAAAAUGAUGGCCUUAUAAGAGAGGUGGCCUGA